AUGACCAGCGCUCUUCGUCAGUGUUGCAGCAAGCCCGGACAGAUCCAAGUGCUCAAUCUUCAACAUUACACGCUGGUGAGGCACAUCGGGAAGGACACGUACGGGAAUGUGAAGCUGAGCUACUGGAACUCGGAUAGGUUGCUGAUGAUAUCAAAGCUCAUACUGAAGGAGAAGCUCGUGCCGCAGUUUGUGAUUAAGACCGAUGAGAAGCGGAAAAUUCCGAUGGAAGUGUACCUGUUGACGCGCGUAAAGCAUCCGAACAUUGUCAACAUAAUUGACAACAAAUUCUUCCAGGUUGUGAUCGAAAUCCACGACUCCGGGAUGGAUCUGUUCAAGUUUAUCGAUCGAACACCCGUGAUGACGGAGAAGCUGGGUUGUUGGAUCUUUCGACAGAUUUCAAAUGCGGUUGCUUUUCUAAACAUUUUGCACCGGGACAUCAAAGACGAGAAAGUUAUCAUCGAUCACGAUUUCCAUAUCAAGCUGAUUGACUUCGGAUCGCCAUCGUUCGUACAGGAAGGGCAUUUUUUCUACCUUCUAUGGCACGACCGAGUACUGCAGUCCGGAAGUGUUGGCAUGCAACCGCUACUCAGACCCGGAACUGGAAAUAAGUGCUACGUAGAUGCGAAUAUCUGCUGCAGCCAGACGGGACUGUCCACGUCACCCUUCGAUGGUGAAGAUGACGAUGAGCAUGUUCACAUGGAUGAUUCGUUCACGCAUCCUGCCGAGAUGCUGGACGAUGAUAUUUGUCAUCUGUCGCAAGAUGAUGAGAUUGGUCUAGAUGACGAUAUAGAUAAAACGAUCUGA